AUGACCAAGUCUGAGAUCGAUGCCUUGAGAAAGGAAACACGAUCCGUCUUCUACCAUGGUCUGACCAACUACCGCCACUUCGCCUACCCGGAGGACGAACUGCGACCACUUUCGUGCGGGCCUCUGACACGCGACCGAGCCAACCCUGCCCAUAUCGAUGUCAACGAUGUGCUGGGUAACUACUCGCUCUCAGUUGUAGACAGUCUAUCCACCCUUGCCAUCCUCGCAUCUGAUCCCAUUUCCGAUACCGACGACUACAAUGCCCUGGAUGACUUUCUACAUUACGUGCGACUGGUGACAGAAGAGUAUGGAGAUGGCUCACCCGGUCCUGCUGGUCAGGGCCGACGUGCAAGAGGCUUCGACUUGGACAGCAAAGUUCAAGUCUUCGAGACGACAAUCCGUGGCUUGGGUGGUCUUCUGAGUGCCCAUCUGUUUGCCAUUGGUGAACUACCCAUUCGUGGCUAUGAACCCGACAUUCAGGAGGAUGGAAUACACUGGCCGAACGGUUUUGUGUAUGACGGACAAUUGCUGCGACUUGCUCAAGACCUGGGUGAACGACUUCUGCCUGCCUUCCAUACCCCAACUGGACUGCCUUAUCCUAGGGUGAAUCUCCGUUACGGUAUCCCGUUCUACGAGAACUCGCCUCUCAACAACGAUCCCGAACACGGACAGUGCCAUAAAACACAAAAGCCGAAGGAGUCUCGUGAGAUUACAGAGACCUGCAGCGCUGGUGCCGGCAGUCUUGUGCUCGAGUUUACCACUCUGUCCCGCCUGACCGAUGACGAUCGUUUCGAACGUCUGGCCAAGCGGGCCUUCUGGGCUGUCUGGGAACGACGAAGUGCUUCUGGUCUCAUCGGUGCUGGCAUUGAUGCAGAGACUGGUGCAUGGAUCGGCCCUUGGACUGGCAUAGGCGCUGGCAUUGACAGUUUCUUCGAGUAUGCUUUCAAAUCGCAUGUCUUGUUGUCUGCUCUGGAAGGUGAUUCGUACAAUGCUACAGAAGACUCUCCGGACGCCUUCCUCCAGACAUGGAAAGACGCCCACGCUGCCAUCAUGCGACACGUGUAUCGAGAUGCCUAUUUUACACAUCCGCAUUACGCUCAGAAUGAUCUGUACACUGGCGGGCCACGACUUACCUGGAUAGACAGUCUGAGUGCUUACUAUCCUGGUCUACUGGUUCUCGCUGGUGAGCUGGACGAGGCUGUGACUGCCCACCUUCUGUACACUGCCCUAUGGUCAAGGUAUGGUGCUUUGCCUGAGAGGUGGGAUGCAACUACUGGCGCUAUCCAUGGUGGUCUGAGAUGGUGGGGCGGUCGACCUGAAUUCAUCGAGUCCACAUGGUACCUCUAUCAAGCCACGAAAGAUCCAUGGUAUCUACAUAUCGGCGAAAUGACAUUGCGCGAUAUCAAACGCAGAUGCUAUACUAAGUGUGGGUGGGCUGGCCUGCAAGACGUCCGCACUGGCGAGCAGACUGAUCGUAUGGAGAGCUUCUUUCUGGGUGAAACUGCGAAAUACAUGUAUUUGUUGUUUGACCCGGACCACCCUCUUAACACGAUUGAUGCGCCUUGGGUCUUUACGACAGAAGGUCAUCCGCUGAUCAUCCCCAAAGCCAACAAAACAAGCCCGGGGCAGCAUCACAAGCGAAAAGAACACUCGGCCAACACAGCACCAGCACCUCAAGCUGAACAGUGCCCGCGACCUCCAGCAUUAUUGCCCUUGACAGUGUCUUCGACUGCUGCUAGAUCGGAUGUCUUCCAUGCCGCUUCUCUGGCCAGGCUUCAUCUCAUGCCUAUUGGAAACAAGCCUGGUGCUCCUUCAUUGGACUGGGCUUCUGAUCACCCUAGCGUGACUAUGCUUGGCCCUGAAUCUCCAACUAACUUCACUUUUUACCCAUGGACUCUGCCUCUGAACCUGAUUCCUACGGAUGGUUAUAGUACUAAGUUGUCCAACAAGCCAACCUUCGACCUCACGUUCCCCACAACACCUGGUACCGGUCUGGAGAUCGGCACACUGCAGAAGAUUGAUGGAGGUGUUCUUGUCAACUCAAUCUCUGGAUUGAGAUUUGGCAUGGUCCUGGAAUCGCCAGCGCCGCAGGAGCACGAAUACAGAAUCUACACGCUAGGCAAUUUUGCCCUUGGUCGAGACGAACAUAUUGCGUUGAGUCGAGAUACACUGUCACAGAUCAACCCUACAGAUCCUCACUUCACACGGAUGCGCGAUGUCGAAGCUAUGGACCUGAUCAUCGACGUUCCGCAUCCCAAGGAGCCUGUCGUUGAAGAUCUGGUGUACAACAAUUCUAUCUUGAAUGAUCAUGUCUUUGACUUUGAUCUCGACAUCGACCUUGAAGCUCUCGAUGCCACCUCCAGCCCUGGCGAUAUGGUUCUAGAGUCCUUGCCCAAAGCUCUAUUCGCCGACGUCCAUCGCCUCGCCGAACAACUCGAUGGCCUAGUCGGAGUACUUCCUGAUGCCGAAAGCAUCGAUGACGCCCUUCGCGAUGCAGCAAAACAACUUCGCUCAAAGUCCCCUGCAGCCCUACCUUCAUCCUCUACCGCCCCUCCCAAGCAAAAGCAAGGACUCCAGCGAUUCACCACACCCGCCAUGCUUCCUAUUGGACCUGGUGCCGCACCUCUUCCCGCCACCAUCGAUUCCUCACCCGACCCCCGCAGUCUAUCUAUCGGCAACCUGCCUUACACAACCAUCCUCAUCAUCGACUCCGAUCUCUGCUCUGCCUCUCCACUCCCUCUCUCCCUCGUAACCACCCACACGAUCCUCAUCAUCCGCCGCGGCGGCUGCAGUUUCAGCAAAAAGUUAUCUGCCAUCCCAUCAUUUCCUCCUUCUGCUAAAUCACUGCAAUUGGUUCUGGUGGUCAGCUUUGGAACAGAUGAUGCAACGAGACCAUUGGUUGAUGAAGUGCAAAUGACUCCCAAAGGGUUGCUGAGACGCCAUCCCAUCUGUUUGGCUUUGGUGCCUGGAGGGCAAAACGUUUGGGAUACCUUUUUGAGGGGCGCAAGUACAUUGGCUGUUGUCGAUGACUCCGGCGCUGUCGUCGUGUCUGAAAGCAGAGAUGGUGAUUCCGUACAGGCAGAGGCAGCAGCGGCGGCGGCGGCGGCAGGAGCUACAGAAACACAAGCUAAAGAAACAGGAAGCAAGAAGAAAAAGAAGACGACGACGAAAGCAAAGACGAAAGGGAAAAGGGAAGAUAUAGAGGUAUCUGGUAUGGGCGUUAGGAGGAGGUAUUAUUUUACUAGCAAAGGAGUGAGGAUCAGCAAUUUGAUUGUUACGUAG